AUUCCAGGAUCAGUGACGACGCUUCACACCUUCUCUGAAGUGAUGCCAGGCUCUCUGCCACCAACGCUCUCUUUCCUAAAGUUGGAAAAAUUGGGAGAGUUCCCACCUGGUGUAUUGCCAACGUCUCUGAGAACAUUGGAGUUUAAAGAUGAAUAUUUUGAAUACCUUGAACCAGGAACAAUACCAGAAGGGGUGACAACAUUGGUCAUCGAGAACGUUAAUCAAGUCCUAGCACCUGGGGUGAUUCCGUCGACCGUGACCAAGUUAACAUUCGGUUACUUGUUCUCUCAACCUAUGACGUUAGGAUUGCUGCCCGACUCUCUAACCACUCUGGUCUUUGGAGAGCGCUUCAAUGACCGCCUAUCGCUGCCUGUCUCGAUCACAAGUCUGAAGUUUGGCAAGUACUUCAACCAGAUGUUGAGCCCAGAUGAUCUGCCGAAAUCUCUAUUGUACCUUGAGUUUGGAAAGCACUUUAAUCAUCCUCUAUCCGUUGGUGUACUCCCGCCAUCGUCAACUACAAUCAGGAUGGGAAAAAGAUUCAGUCAUCGACUUUCGUCUGAAUGCAUUCCAGCGUCAGUGACAUCACUCUCCAUCCCCGGUCUGGACAACCUUUCUAUAGAUUGCGGCAUGUCUCUGCCGUCAUCUCUUUGCCUCAAUAUUCAAAAGCCAAGAUCCGUUUACAAAGCCAAAUCAUACUCCAAGGGCACUUACUUCAAAGUUCUAAAGAGCAUCAACAACAUUACAUUCUCCCAAUACGGGUCUUUCAAUUUGAUUCAUGGGAGGAAGCUGGACGACAAAUAUGCUUUGCUAUACAACGACUUUAUGUAUAUAGAAUUUAUUCGAUAUGACCAAGAGGAUAUAGACCCCAAGGGCAAGCGACGUCUC